GACAAGCUGGCCGAGUUUCCGUCUCUGAGCGACAUCUAUAUGCCUGUGCACGCCGCUCUGGAGAACGAGACGGUGUUGGAGCAGCAGCAUAGGAUAGUAAGCAACAGUGUCGAUACGAUCUUGUGCAUUCAGGUGCGAUACUCCGUCACCGACCUGGAGACAGUCGCCAAGAUCGUCUACCGUCUGCUCCAGCCGGGUAGAAAGUUGAUUUUCUAG